AUGCUUCUGCUCGCCAACGCCUACAGCACCUGUCCACUCGGUACCCUCCCUCAUUCCGCAGCCCUAUCAGCACCGAAAAGGCUUGCCCAAGCUCUCCAAACCCUCAGCCAAUCUCUCCAGUCCACUGAGGAACCGCUGCUCGUCUUCAAACGCUCGGGGAACCAGAGACUUCAGAGUCACUCUAUUUCUCGAUCAAAGCCGCUUCAGAAUCGCUCUACUCCUCGACCAAAGCCGACAAAAACAUCGCCAGCUUGGUCGACAAACUUAUGCUCAACCCUGACCAAUCAUCAGGAAUGA